CGCUCAGAGCACUGGGGACACACACUGCUUGUUACACAUUCCUGUUGGAAAAGUCAAUGGCUAAAGCAUUGCCCUGCAGACUCUGCCACACAAACAGAGAGCCUGCCAUGAAAAGAGGUAUGAUUUGAACAGAGGGAAAUUAAAAGGGAAACGACAGUGGUAGUAGCCACACCGAGAUCCACUGCUCUUCACGUUCACUGGAUUCCCCUUUUAAGGCAAUGGAUACUUAUAAAAGAGAGAUGGAGAUCCUAAGCAACAGCAUUGCCGCGUAUGCUCACAUUCGAGCUAAUCCUGCAUCUUUUGGCCUCUACUUCAUCCUUGGUGUCUGUUUUGGGCUGAUUAUAACACUUUGUCUGCUGGUUAUCCGAAUCUCCUGUAAGCCUCGGACUCCAAGCAUUCCUCCCAAACCAAAAAAGUCACCUCCUAAAGAUUGUGUGAAGGAGCCUCUGUCUGUGACAGGAGAUGAGGAGGAUCCAGAAAUUGAUGAUAAUGAGGAAACCUUCAUCCUAAAUCCUGUAACAGAAUCACCAUUGAACAACCAGUCUUCAGUUGAUGGAACUCUGACAGUGAAUGUUUUCACAUCGGCAGAAGAGUUAGAGAGGGCCCAAAGGUUGGAAGAAAGGGAAAGGAUUAUCCGUGAGAUCUGGCGUAAUGGGCAGCCUGAUAUACUGGGGACAGGAACUGGCACUAUAGGCCGUGUACAUUACUAUUAAUGGACAAACAGGAACAUUAUCUACACUUUAUUAAUGGUGGUGCCAGAUAGCCUGAUGCCCAGGUUUACUAAAAUGGCAUAAGCUACAUAAAUCAAUAAUUACCAUUUCUGGUAAUGUGUGUGGCGGUAAUUGGUUUUUACUAAUAGUAGCUGAGAAAUAAGCACACGUGGAGCAGCUGCCUUACUUUGAUGGUGCUUUAGUAAAUCUAGAGGAAUUAGACAAACUAGUGGUCUUUUUGAUUCAAAAAUUGUUAAUUUUGGCUUCAUGGACUCUGUGAGAGACAACUACAUUUGGACAGGAUUUACAAUGAUUGAGUGUCUUUACUGAUAGGACAGAAGUUCCGACUGGUACCUUACUGGUUUGGCCAAGGAUUUAUAGACAGGGAAAAAUUGUGGAUACAGCUUGUGUAUCACUAUUUGAUCAGACUGGAUUUGUUACUUGGCUGGAAUUGGUACUCAGCUCAGGACCUUGAUGUGCAUCUCAUUAGAAUUUAUUUAAAUUAAUGGCCAACUGGGCUUGCAGUCUCACUGGUAUCUCCAUUAUUAGAUUUGCUGACUAGUGAGUGUAAAACCUUGUGAAGCUUCAUGGGCCUGUAGUCAUCAUGUCUGCACUCAGCAGGACGUUUAUCAAACAAGGACACUGACCUUUGAGGCUGCAGUUAGCUGGAGGAAAUUGCUUUGAAUUAUGCUUCAUACAAGGACCAGUAACACUAAAAAACCCAAAAAUCUCAUUUGUU